AUCAAGAAUAAUCGGGGUUUAUUGAGACUCUUGACUAACAAAAGACGACCUAGUAGAAUUGGAAAGUGAAGAGGUUGUACAAGUUGAAGUGUUUCAGAAGAUUCUUUUAACUUGACCAGAGUCAAUCGAAUCGAAAGACUAUCCUAAUCUCACUCUUGUUUACCAUCAAGAAGCUUUAUCAGUCUAGUCUCACGACUUUCCAUCACAUCCAGGAUUUUCUUUAGCCCUCUUGACUUGAGUUUACAAGAUGAGUCGUCCGACUAAAGUUACGAUGCCAACGGUUAAUCCCAUUCAAGAAUCCUUCUCGAAUGGUGGUCACGGCGGAAUCGAUAUGAGAGGUGGAAAGACUCACUCGAGUCAAGCUUCAAGGAGUUCGAUCAUUAGGGAUUUCUCAAAGUUUUGUCCAUUCCCCACACCUGGUCUUAAAGAACAUAAUCAUUUUGCAGAAUAUAAAUCUGUAGAAGAACAACGUAUAGAUGAAGAUAUUGCAAAGCUUAAGCAUUGGAAACGAUGGGGUCCUUAUCUAUCUGAACGACAAUGGGCUACUGUUCGAGAGGAUUAUAGUGAAAACGGAGAUGCUUGGACUCAUUUCCCCCAUGAACAUGCUAGAAGUCGUGCUUAUAGAUGGGGUGAAGAUGGUCUUGGUGGAAUCUCUGAUAAUCAUGGUCGAUUGGCUCUCUCUUUUGCACUCUGGAAUGAAAAGGAUCCGAUCUUGAAAGAACGCAAUCAUGGAGAAGACGUAAAAGAGGUCUACUAUUACCUUGACUCAUCUCCGACGCAUUCUUAUAUGAAGUAUCUUUAUAAUAUCCUCAAAGAGAGUUUCCAUAUGCACAACUCGUACGCGAGUCAGCCAAUCGAAGUAGAGAU